CUUGCUGAAGAUGCAGUUGCACAAGCACUAACCGGAUAGCUGUGGACUGGACAGAAUCAAGUAAAGCUCACCUUUGCAAGCAGAUGAUCCUCGGCUGAUUUAAACCAGAUGAAGGUGCAGUGAUUUCAUCUGAAACUGUGAAAUGCAUUUGAGGAAAUACAGUAAGAGGUGAUUUCAGUCCGUCCUGUCAACAAGCGGAUAUUAUCAUGGAUUGUUGUCAGUCUGGAAAUGCAGCAGAGAUGGAGGAGAGCUUGAACACUGGGGAAGAUGAUACAGAUGAAGUUGAAGUCCGUGUGCGUAAGGCAUCCUGGGAGCCCGCUGUAUUCUCCACCAUUGGAAAGGAGAUCCAUUAUUUCGCUGGUCAUGAGAUCAGAAUCUGGGAGUCUCUUGAUUCAUUUGGUUCUGUCAUCUGGCCAGGAGCUCUGGCUCUGUGUCACUACCUUGAGUCCAAUCGAGCAACGGUUGAUCUUCUUGACAAGGCGGUGCUAGAGAUUGGAGCCGGCACGGGUCUCGUGUCCAUCGUGGCCAGUCUGUUGGGGGGUUGGGUGACAGCAACAGACCUGCCGGAGGUCCUCGGGAACCUGAGAUGCAACCUGUCCAGAAACACACGGGGCCGCUGCAGAUACACCCCGCAGGUGGCGGAGCUCUCUUGGGGUUAUGAACUCGAUAAGACCUUCCCUCAUUCAGUCUACAGAUACGACUACAUUUUAGCAGCCGAUGUGGUCUAUCAUCAUGACUUCCUAGCAGAAUUACUGGUCACCAUGCGCCACUUCUGCCAGCCCGGAACAACCCUCAUAUGGGCCAACAAGACCCGCUUCGAUUCUGAUCUAUUUUUUUUGGAGAACUUCAAAAAAACGUUCAAUACCACCCUGCUGGCAGACAACGGAGAGGUUAAAAUUUACUCUGCCACCACAAGAGACGAAAGUGGACUAGCGACGUCAAAAGAGACCAAAGGGGUUGCGAGGAAAGGAGAGGACCAAGAUGAAGCGGUCAAGAAAGAGUCAAAGCAAGAGAUUAUUGAAGGAAAGAUUAAACUGACAGUAGAACAGAUGCAAGAAUAUGAAAAGAAAAAUGUGCAAAGGAAACCAGGGUAUGCUGAUUUGGAAAAUCAGGAGGAAACAUUAAAUUUGGAGGAUGGAAAUGUGAACAGUAUCAAAGAAGAAGAGGAGGACAACACAAACCUUGAAACUGAGGACAGUGGAGAUGAAGAGAACGACGGCUGCUCUGAGAUGGAUUCAACAUUAGUAGAGCAGAAAUCUGAGGAAGGAAGCACAGAGAAAGAGUAUGUGAGAUCAUGGGCACCGACUAUUUACUACAGACCUGGGAAAGAAGUUUACAAUUUUUUGGGACAGGAAAUCACAAUUCAGGAGUCAAUCGAUUCUUACGGUGCUACUAUAUGGCCAGCGGCACUUGCACUUUGCCGAUUCUUAGAAACACCGCAGGGUCGUCAACAGAUUGAUUUACUUGACAAAUCUGUACUUGAGCUUGGAGCUGGAACCGGCUUACUUUCGGUUGUCAUCACGCUGUUGGGUGCCAAACUCACAGCUACGGAUUUACCCGAGAUUCUGAGUAAUCUGACGUGCAACCUCAACAGGAACACGAGAGGCCGGCGGAGGCAUGAGCCCCAGGUAGCAGAACUCUUCUGGGGUCACAAGCUGGACGAGACCUUCCCUAAAUCCACACACCAAUAUGAUUAUGUGCUGGCGACUGAUGUGGUCUAUCACCACGACUUCUUGGCCGAGCUGCUGGUCACCAUGCGUCACUUCUGCCAGCCGGGAACUACUCUUGUCUGGGCGAACAAGGUCCGCUAUGCCUCAGAUCUGGGCUUCAUUGACAACUUCCUCAGAUAUUUUGAUAUCACACUACUUGAAGAGUUGGAUGAUGUGAGGAUUUAUGUAGCAACCAGCAAGACACCAGAGAAGGAAGGUGACCAGGUUCAAGAGACGAGUGAGAAAGUGGAGGACAACUGUGACCUUGAGUCAAGCAAGCAGGAUGCCGGGGAACCAAACUCUUCAAGCGAGACAGGAAACAAUGCAGAGGAAGUGGAACAAGAGCAGGAAUGUGACAAUACUCAGAGUUUAGAAAACAUCAAAAAGGAGAAACAAGUAAAGGAGGAACUCCAGGAUUCUGGAAGAUCUGUGGAGGAAGAGGAAGAACUCCUGGAUUCUGGAAGAUCUGUGGAGGAAGAGGAAGAAGCUGAACCUGACAACACAGAACCAGCUGAACAGAGAUCCUGGGCUCCCACUGUCUACUACAGUCAUGGCAAGGAGAUCUACUACUUUCUGGGUCAUGAAAUCAAGAUUCAGGAAUCCAUAGACCAUUAUGGCAGCGUAGUAUGGCCAGCGGCAGUGGCCCUUUGCCGAUUCCUGGACACCGCAACAGGCCGACAGCAGAUCAAUCUACUUGACAAAUCGACCCUGGAGCUUGGAGCAGGAACAGGCCUUGUCUCGAUAGUUGCCACACUUCUAGGUGCUAAACUGACAGCCACAGAUCUGCCAGAAAUCCUUGGAAAUCUGAGGUGCAACUUGAACCGGAACACCAGACAGCAGCGAAAACAUGAGCCUCAGGUUACAGCAUUGGCAUGGGGCUACAAACUAGAGGAGAUGUUUCCCCGCUCCACCCACCACUAUGAUUAUGUAUUGGCAGCUGAUGUGGUCUAUCACCACAACUGUCUCACUGAGCUUCUCGACACCAUGCGUCACUUCUGCAGACCGGAGACAACUGUAAUCUUUGCAAACAAGGUCCGGUAUCAGUCCGACCUGGUAUUUAUAGAGAACUUUCAGAAAGCUUUUAACACCACAUUACUGACAGAGCUGGAUGAGGUGAGGAUUUACUCGGGCACCAUGAGAAUCUGAUGAUAGGGGAUGUGACUGAUGUUAACUUUUUGCACCGCUUCAAGAAGGCUUUCCAACCUACACUGCUGGCAGAGGUAGAAGAGGUGAAGGUCUGCAUGGCUGUGGCGCAUGGACGGCCGUUUGUUUAAUGAACCACACUGUAGACAAUUCCCAUUUGUUUUAGAAACAAUCUUUAGGACUGGAUGACUGGCCAAAACCUUCUACAACAACGGUUUGGCAGUGAUAAUUGGACUGGCCAACUUACCAAAUCUUCGUAUACCUGCUAUACGACAUGUUGCGAUUGACACGAUCCUUUGAAUCAGAAAUUUUAAUAAGAUUUCAAACCACAUAAUGGCUGACCAAAUAAGAUUUUUUUUUACAUUUCUGACUCAAAUCAACUUAUUUACCUGUGGUUUUGAUUCAUAUUACAAAACAUUUAUUUAAUGUUUUUGCCGUUUACACUAGUAUAUAUGUGUGGUUUCAAGUGGUAUUUUUUUGAGAUCCAUUGUUGAACAGUCAGAUCAGAAUUCACAUUGUUUUUGUCAUCUUUCAGUUUGACAGAUUUGAUUUAGACUGAUUGAAAAUAAUAACAGUAAUUCCUCCAGAUGAAAAACAAAUCUGAAUUGUCUGCAUUGUAAAGAAAAACAUGCUGAUGUUAAAAUAAAUAUAGCUGCUGAAGGAAAACAAGUUUGCACAAAUUAGCACAAAAUUAUUAAAUAAAAAGAGACCACGUAAAAUACUAAGAAAAUGUCUUAUCGUGCCUUGAUGGAGAAUCUUGUGCUUAAGAAAUCAAAAAGUUAAUUUCAGAUGAAAUGCAUUUCUUAAUGAAAAUGAUGAAUUGGGAAUCUUAUACCCUUUCUAAGCAGAUGUUUUCAGUACUAUGGAGAGAUUGUGUGGAGUAUGUAUGUGACCCUGGACCACAAAACCAGUCGUAAGGGUCAAUUUGAAAAUGAGAUUUAUAAAUCAGCUGAAUAAAUAAGCUUUCUAUUGAUGUAUGGUUUGUUAGGACAGGACAAUAUCUGACCGAGAUACAACUUUUUGAAAAUCUGGAAUCUGAGGGUGCCAAAAAAUCAAAAUAUUGAGAAAAUCGCCUUUAAAGUUGUCCAAAUGAAGUCCUUAGCAAUGCAUAUUACUUACAAAAAUAAAUUUUUGAUAUAUUUACGGUAGGAAAUUUACAAAAUACCUUUAUGGAACAUGACCUUUACUUAAUAUCCUAAUGAUUUUUGGCAUAAAAGAAAAAUUGAUCAUUUUGACCCAUACAAUGUAUUGUUGGCUGUUGCUACAAAUAUACCCAUGUGACUUAUGACUGGUUUUAUGGUCCAGGAUCACAUAUGCCCUAUAUGAUCAGAUUUUGUUUAACUGAAUUAAAUAAAGACAGGCUAUUAAGUGACUUAGGGCAGACAUUUCGCAAGAUUUUUGUGGUGGGGUUGUUUUUGUGUUGGUUGGGUGUUUAUUUCAUUUUGCUUUAUUAAAUUCAUAUAGGGAAUGUAUAAGAUUUAAACAUGUCAAAGGUAUAAAAAUAGAUUCUUUGGUUUCAAGCAACAUGAUACUUUAAUGCAAUCAAUAUCGUUUUUGUGAUUAUAUAAGUGUUUUACAUUGAUCAUUUUUGUAUUUCCCUAUAAAGAUUGUUUGUGUUCCCAUUUUUUUUAAAAUAAAAAUGUUAAAAAAAAUAAAAUGAUGAAUUAAUUAUUGUGCUAUGCACAUAACCAUAAAUAUUCAUGAUAUCCCAAAUACUGUUUACCACAUCAUAAAAAACUAUACAUGUCCAUCUAAAAAGGUAAACAAACAUUCUUUUUUUUUUUUUAACACAUUUCUAAUAAAGUGCAACUCUACUGUUGUCCAUAACAUUCAACAUGAAAAACUCCUGAAUAAAGCCUGUUUUUGUCAAAAAAUGAACAAUAUGUUGUCAGUCCCAGAUAAUUUUAUUCAGAAUCUUCAUCAAAUACACUGUUCAGCACAUUUACCGUUUUAACAAAAUAACCGGCUGUUACUUCUGAAACGUCUCACGAGGAGUAAUGGAUAUAAAAUAACACCUACCUACUCUAUGCAUGAAUUAAAAUGACUUUAAAAUAUUGGCAUUACCUAGUAUUCAUUUAUACUUUAUAAAUACAAGACAUCCAUAAAUAUAUCUGAAGAUAUUCAAGGGUUUUUGAUACAGAAUAAUGUGAUAUUUCCUGAAGAAACGCAGAGGUGGACGGGGGUUGAAGAUUGUGAAUAUUUAAGGCCAUUUUUUGAAGAACCUGUCAUUGGAAACGCCUCGAGCCCUGAACAAACAACACAAACACGCAUGAUAAUAAUAAAAAAAAAAAAAAAAAAAAAAAAAAAAGAGAAA